AGUUGGCAGGUUACUAAAAUAAUGCCUAAGUUUAUUCGUCACCUUAUGGCUUGUAUAAAUUUAAAAUGCGAACAAAUAACAUUUUUCUGAUAACAAAGAACACGCAGUUACGAACGCAAGUCUUUUCUAAUGCAUUAUCAGCUUGUUAAGAGGAAAAUUCGGAUUCUGUAAUAACAGUGCGUUUUGUUUUAAACAUAAAACAAUAAUCACCAGAAAAUUAGAAUUGCAUGUUCAGCAAAAUUAACUAAGCAAUUUUUUUUACUUAUAUAGUAGGAAAGAGAAACAAUUUAAUUUAAAAAAUGUAUUUACUGUGUUAAAUAAACUAAGCCCGUAUAUUAUAUUAGAAGACCGGUUUAGUUGAUUUACUAAGCGUUAAAAAAACUUGUUUAAGUUUAAAAAAGAAGGGGAAUUCCCGUUACAAAAAUCAAUACAUAAUAAACUUCUAUGUGAUCACGUGAUCAAGGUUUCAGUUUGGAAAAAUAGUUAUAAGGAUAAUGCACAUUCCGUUUUUACGGGUGAAGUUUCAUAAGUGGACUCUGUUAAGGAUUUGAAAGAUCAAGGUUUAUUUUCAUUAUUCUAAACCAUGGAUUCGAAUGAUUUGCCCGAAAAUGACAAAAAGACUCACCCAGAGGAUAACAACUUAAACGAGAUUGAAAAGUUAGUCAUUGCUAAUGAAAGCCAACCAUCCUGUAUAAACGUUCUAAAAAGUAACAAUUUAUCUAGAACUUCAAAAUGCUUAGAAAUAAUUUGUUCCCUCAGAAUUGAGCCAGUGAUGUUCCUUUUCAUGUUUUCUUUCAUACUUAAUACAACUUGUCUAACUAAUCUGAUGAUGGACAAAGGAUGCAGAUUCUACUACAAAUAUCCGAAGAAUGUUUGUGACGAUAUCCACAAUGAUUCCAACAUAAAAGCCAGUAACGACGUUGAGAUCCUGGCAAAUAAUUAUAAUCUGUACUUGAACUUCCUUGCUCCGAUUAGUGCAUGCGUUGUAAUAUUCUUGGCUCCAUGGAGUGACAAAUAUGGUCGCAAGCCUCUUCUGAUAUCUGCCUUGUUUGGAUUUUUCUUGAACGAUAUUGGAGUCAUUUUGUGCACCAUCUACUUCGAUUCCGGGUUAGAGUUCAUUGUGAUCUCAAACUUGCCAACGCAGUUUAGCGGUGGCUUUAUUGCCGUAUCAACAAUCAUUUACAGUCACAUAUCGGAGGUAUCGGACACAGAAUCCAGAUCUUUGAAGUACACAUUUUUGCAAAUUGCUUUCGGAGUGGCCGUAACACUUGGAGCGUUGGCUGGUGGGCAACUCUAUAAACUACAUGGUUAUUUAGGUGUUUUCAUCACAAUGGCUGUGGGACAUUUUUUGGCUGUUGUAUGGGUGGUUUUUCUGGUACCAGAAACUAGAGGCUUAGAUUCGAAAGUUGGAUUGAAGAAAAAAUUGAAAGAUUUAUUUAGUUCGGAAAAUUUCACGGAUGGAUUAAAGACGUGUAUAAGACGCCGGGAAAAUGGAGGAAGGUGUUGUCUAUGGCUUCUUCUCCUCUCUAGUUGCACUAUUGCAUUAACGUAUGAAGUUUAUACUGACAUUGCGUAUGUAUACACUCAUCAUAUGUAUAAAUGGAACCCGACUAUAUAUUCUCAAAUGUGGGCUAUCUUCAGUUUUUCCGAGAUGAUUGUUGUUUUUAUCUGUACUUUCGUGUUCAUCAAAGUGUUCAAGUUCAGCGAUCCUCUCAUUGGCAUCAUCGGUAGCGUGUCCAUCAUUGGAAAAAAUAUAUUUCUGGCAUUUGCUUUUGAACUCUGGUUAUAUUACUUGAGUAAUAUUUUUGGAAAUCUAAACGGAUUGGGAAAUUUAGCUGUUAGAUCUCUAAUUUCUAAACUUGUUGCCGAGGAAGAAAUGGGGCGAGUGUUUUCUUUCUUGGCUACAUGUGAAGCUAUUGUUCCAUUACUUGGAAGCAUAGUAAUUGCAAAAAUUUUUAACGCAACAAUAGAAUAUUUUCCAGGAUCGUGUUAUCUAGCUGCAACAGUGUUUUUAAUGCUUCCUUUAAGCACUUUCAUAUAUCAUUUCAAGAAACGUAAAUGAGCUGGACUUUGACAGUUGAAUAACAUUCAGUUUCUAUUUUGUAUUUCUUUAAAAUGAUUUUUGUUACUUUUACUUGUUUUUUUUAACUGUUUCUGCACAAAUAAAAAAUUUCUUAUGUU